GGGCCAUGACGCCAUGUAGUCGACAUGGAAAUGGUCCCUCUCAGCAGCCUUCACCCAAUAAAAUAAACCCAAAUUUCCCCUUCUUCUUCUUCUUCUUCUUCUGUUCCCUUCGAAACCCUAAUUUUGAUUUGCCUGAUUAUUGGAUCUUCAUCGCAAAGAUCUGAGUCGACCCGUAAGAGGUUUCGUUUAAUUUCAUCCAUGAUUAAUCUCUUCAAGAAAUCUGGAUAAAAAUUCGAUAACCCUGUUAUGAGAAAUGUCGCUUUUGUCAAAAGGCGAUUCGAUUCAGAUUCGAGAGGUGUGGAAUGACAAUCUCGAAGAAGAAUUCGCAUUGAUCCAAGGCGUAGUCGAUGAUUUUUCCUACAUAGCAAUGGACACCGAAUUUCCAGGAAUCGUUCUUCGUCCCGUCGGAAAUUUCAAGAACAGUAACGAUUAUCAUUACCAGACGUUAAAAGACAACGUGGACAUGCUCAAAUUGAUCCAAUUAGGGUUAACUUUCUUCGAUGAUCAAGGAAAUCUACCAACCUGUGGAACAGAUAAGUAUUGCAUAUGGCAAUUCAAUUUCAGAGAAUUCAAUGUGAACGAUGAUGUUUUUGCAAAUGAUUCCGUUGAGCUUUUGAGGCAAAGUGGUAUUGAUUUUAAGGAAAACAACGAAAAGGGGAUCGAUGCACAUAGAUUUGGUGAGUUAUUGAUGUCAUCUGGGAUUGUUUUGAAUGAUGGUGUUCAUUGGGUUACUUUCCAUAGUGGUUAUGAUUUUGGGUAUUUGUUGAAGGUGUUAACUUGCCAGAAUCUGCCUGAAACACAAUCUGGGUUCUUUAGUUUGAUCAAUAUGUAUUUCCCUACCAUUUUUGACAUUAAGCAUUUGAUGAAGUUUUGCAACAGUCUUCAUGGUGGGUUGAAUAAGCUAGCUGAACUGUUGGAAGUUGAAAGAAUUGGUGUUUGCCAUCAGGCUGGUUCCGAUAGUUUGCUUACUGCUUGUACUUUCAGAAAGUUGAAAGAUUGUUUCUUUAGUGGUUCGCUGGAGAAGUAUGCCGGUGUUUUGUAUGGUCUAGGUGUUGAGAAUUAAGAGAUGAUCGUUCGAAAAGAGUAGUUAGAAAAAAAUAAGAACACAAGUUAUUAAAGAAAGAUGAGAUGUUGGUUGUUUUGAGUUAUAUGUGUGUUGUAAAGGCACCACAGGUUGUACACUUCUUGAGAGAAAAAAGGUUAUCUUUUGGUCA